AUGGAUGCCGAUGUCGACGAACUUCCACAAAAUAAUGAUACAAGGCGCGCCAAGAUGUGGCGUGCAAUACUACUGAUGUGGCUGGUGUCACCGAAUCUGUGCCAACAGAUCCAGCCAAACAGAGUAUUCAGCGUGUCUACUAUAUGCGACAAGACAUCCAUGACAAUUCACUUAGAGAUGGCACAACCCUUUAAAGGACUUGUCUUUAGUAAAGAUUUCUCGAGAGAAUGUCGAGUUCAAGGGAGCCAUCAGAAUAAAAUCACACUAAAUCUGCCAUCGAACGCGUGCGGCGUGAGGACAUCGACCAUGAACACCACAGUGGAAGAGCCUGAUGACGAUGAAGAUUUAUAUUACAACGUCGAGUUAGUUGUUCAGAUGGAUAGGCAACUGCAGCAAUCAUCUGACCAGGAGCUGUUAGUCAGAUGUAAAUUACAACCUCGAGCGGUUCGCAUCAACAGCUCUGCAUUAGAGACGGUAAUCAACAAUAAAUUACGCGAAAUGACUACAAGGGAGGCGAAGAAAACAAGAACUGGCCGCAACCGUCAAGGUUUCGCGAAUGCAGCAGAAAUAGAGCAACGUGAGUGGCUGAUGGCAGCAGCGCGAGCUUGGAUGGAGUUAGCACCAGCGGUGUCUGCUGCUGAGCCUGCCACUGUCGAAGUCGGACAGCCCACCAGACUACUUAUACAAUGCACAUUGCCUGUGGGCGUGGGACUCCGAGUAACAAAUUGCGUCGCUCACGAUGGUCUAGGAGAAGCAUCGCAGAAAUUACUUGACGACGCUGGCUGUCCUAUCGAUGAAUCUAUCUUCAAUAAACCAUCGAUCCACCACCACAAACACAAAAGCACAGAAAUUGACUUUUCUGACCUAGAACCCGUUGAUCUACAGAAGAAUAUUGACGAGAAAACAACAAUUAAACUAGAAAAAUCCGACCCCGAUAAUAUGUUCAAGAAUAUUAUGACUUAUCAACACGCAAUCACUACUUUUGCAGCUUUCAAAUUUCCCGAUAGAGCUAAGUUACAUUUAACUUGUGGAAUUGAGCUGUGCAAAGGGCAAUGCCCACCUGUGGACUGCAAAGCUUUGCAGAAACCCCAACAGACCAGAGAUGGACUGCUCAGGAAGGCUCGAUUGGAUAAGGAUUCUAAGGGGAUCGUAAUAGAUAGACUAGAAGUUUAUAACAGCAUAGAGGUUCAUGCACCUAAUAUUGAAUUAGAAGAUGAAGCUUCCAUUAGAGGGUCAAGAAGAAUAGAAUCAGAAGAAGACGAAUUUGUGCGAGGAUUUUCACCGGGAGACAAAACAAUUUGCUUAUCACCAGGGAAAAUGGCGCUAGCUUUCUGCGUCCUUGGAAUCAUUUUUCUUUGCGCAAUCGCUGUGGCCUUCAUCUCCUUGGUGCGAGCUAGACGGCGUCUUGGAAGAGAGCCGUUGCACACAUCUCUAUCUUUCUACACAGGAAGCAAGAGCAUGUUUUCGUCAAGCGAGAGUUCCAGUUCUGGUCUUAGUGGUAGCAAACUUCUUUUAACUGAUAGUCCUUAUUUAGACCACCAUUCGUCUUCCAGCAAUAAUUGGCCAUAUUCUAGAGCUUUCUGACAAGCGGCUCGUCGGCGUGACGUGGGUUUACGCGAGUUUUACUAGAGCGAGAUGAAUCUCGCUUUUCUCUCAAAGUCAGUAGAGGUUUAUGUAUUGGCAAAAAACUAAGCUUCUCAUAUCGAAGCAAAAAGUACAUUAUAUACAGGUGUGUAUCUCUAUAAGCACCCACUUAG